GACUGAGAGCAUGUGUGUCUGUAUGUAUGUGCCUCUCCCCUCCCUUAAGGGCUUCCUACCCGCCUCCUCUAAGCUCGGCUUUUAAAAGGCAGCUACAAGUAGAGACACGGCAACAGACAAGGCUGCUAAAGUCCGCUUUACUUCCAGUGACCAGAGGAAGAGUGCGGAUGUGGUGCUCCAGAAUAUAGAGCAACGUCAGGACACUUUCCGAUUCACCAAAACUUCAGUAGGGUCACCUACUGGGCAAUACUGCAUUCUGGGUAAGCACAGUCAUUUCAGGCACAGGCAAAAAAAAGUUUGCAGCACUGGAUCAUUUUGAUGGUUUGGAUAGCUUUUAGCUGUAAACUUUAGUAGCAUCUAGACAGAGCUCAAAAAGUUGAGCACAGUUCUAAGCUAAAGUCAAGUUUGGGGUUCUAGGUCAAGAACUGGAUUCCCAGCCAAGCUAGACCUUCGUACUUGUGGACCACCAUGCAACGUGAAGGAUGCAGGAUGAGUGGAGGGGUCCACGAGCCGGCCACAGCAGGGAUGAUCACUUUAGAUGACCUGGACAACAUGACCGAUGAUUUGGGCUCAGAUUCGGCUUAUAACAGUAACGGGAGUGUAGAGGAAGAAGCGGAGCCCAUGGAAGAUGGAGAACAGGACCGUCUACUGAAUUACUGGCAAACCGUAGCUAGAGGACAUCAGGUGGAGGUGCCAAAUGAGAUGGCAGAACCCAUUCAGCAGCUAUCGCGGAAUAGCAGAACAGAGGAACGGCAGACGGUUCCCUUUCUACUUCUCAGCUGCAAAGAAAAGUGUGGCGACAUACUAUAUGAGAAAAGGCAAUAUGGAACAGCCAAAUGGGCCUGCAUUAAGAUGAAGGAGGAGAAAUAUGAACAAAGUAUCUGCAUGGGGUUCAUGAAGCUUAUGAAAUACAUCUGUGAGCAGAAUUCUUCAGGUUCAUAUUUAGGAAUGACCAUUCCAGUUCUUACAACCGUGCAUACAGACGAAACGCAAACAGGAAUCGCACGUGACGUCACGGUGGCAUAUUAUAUCCCCUCCCACCUUCAAGCCAAUCCACCUCAACCUACAGAUCCAGACGUUGUCAUAGAAGAGUGGCCACCCACUGUGGUCUUCACCAGGGAAUUUGCUGGAGUCACCAAUGAGGAGUCUAUUAUGCGAGAAAUUUCCCUGCUGUCAGAGGUUCUAGACGCCCCUGACCCGUGUUUGCAGGACACAUUUAUAGUAGCAGGAUACACAAAUCCCGCAGCUGCCAACCGGAGAAAUGAGAUCUGGUUCUUACAGCGGCCAUGAGCCCUGCCAAGGUAAAGUACACCUCCAGUGGAGGAGGAACAAGACUCGGGACCCUUCAAAGACUAGCACUGAAUGUAUAUGAAGACAUCAAGCAGUAACCCACAUCAACCUGCAAGCUUCAGCCUACAAUGACAGGAUUGCUUGUAGACCGUUAAUAUCACCUUUACUGUUUAACUGUACUUGGUGGGGGGCAGGAGGUUUUUUUUCCCCCCAUCAUGCUGUUCUCUUCUGGCAUCGUUCAGGGUGAAGUGAUCUCUCACCUCGUCGGUCAACUAGUUCUAUUCAGUCCCCCUGAAAGAGCCCCAUGCCAGUCAUACCAGCCACCUCCGAUUUAAGCAGGGUACACUGUGAUCUCUCAAUAAUUGGCAAGGUUCCGAGAUCCUGCCCAGAAGCUGCUGCGCCAGAAUUGGUUCAUAUGCCAAGAUGAACUGUAAAUUAUUACUGAAAAUUGGGUGAAAUUGCAAACAUGUGAACGUUCUACCAUCAAACCACUUCCCUCCAAGUACCACCUUUGUCCGCUUACAUUUGAAUGGGCACCUGAACUAUCAGUGGGCCCAACUGAAAGCAUUUUAGCCGUAGGGAACGUGAAAAUUAAUACAGCAUCCAUUAGAUUCUUGAAAUAAAUGCUUCACAAAUA